ACUAUCGUGUUUGUGAAUUUGAGCGGAGUGGAGCUUCAUUCUCCUCCUUUCUUCCUUUCAGUGAACGCGCAUCACUUGAGAAACACAGCGGCGCUCGAGACUCACAAGUUUCUGUUCCGUCGGCUCGGCUCUCUCUUCGCUCCGUUCAGCUCAGCUCUCGGUGCUCUUCCCGUUUUUUUCUUCCUCCUCCCGGUUUCAUUUUUAUCCUCACUUUCUUUUUUCCCUACUCGAGGAUUCAGUCGGGGUGUGCUGCUGCUAACACAGGGCGUAGCUGGGAGAGGAUUUUGCUAGCACGCCGCGGCACUGACUGACCAGACCUACCAGUCUCCAGAGAGCCUCUAGACCUGUGGCCAUCCUGUGAGAUUUAAGUAAACCAGCCCUGCCCUGCAGAGACGGACCACUACCACGCAAGGGGAGAUGAAGCCGGAUGGUGUUACCACGGCAGCGCUGGAGCCAAUGGAAACAUUGGAAUCCAAUCCAAUGAAUGAGGCAGCACCUGCAGCAGGACAGGAGCCUAACCAGGCAGCCAGUCCAGCAGAGGGGGAGGUUCCACAGCAGCCGGCUGAGGAGACAGGCCAGCAGGAACCACAGCCAGAUAAGGCCAAGGACACCAGUGCUGACAAGACCAGCAACAAGACCUCAGGGGACCCAAAAGCCAAGACCACCAACAAGACCACGCCCAAGACAAAACCGGGUACCAACAGCCCUGCUAAAGCCACAGCUGGCUCACGGACCAGCACGCCACAGAGCCGUCUGUCAAACGGCGUGGCCAAACCUCAGACCAAUGGAGUGGCAAAGAAGACCCCGCCUGCAGCAGUCAAAAAGGCCACCCCCACUCCAGCUCCGCCCAAAAAAACAACCACAACCACAGCCCCAGCAGCUAAGAGCAAAGUGGGUGAGAAGAAAACCACCCCUGCCACCAAUGGUGCAAAGCCAAUGACCGGAACAACAGCGGCCAAGAAGACUCCAUCCACAACCGCUAACGGUGUUAAAACCAGCAGCACCGCGGCCGCUGCCAAGAAGCCUGCAGCUCCCAAGCCUGCCUCUACAGCUGCCACCAAACCGAGCUCCUCUGCCUCACCCAAGCCCCCUGUUUCCAAGACAACCAGGCCUGCAACUGGCACGUCAGCGUCACCUCGUCCUGCCACAGGCUCCAGCCGGCCCCCCACAACCAGUACGACCAAGAGCUCCGCCUCAGCUACGUCCAAACCUGCCACCCCUAAACCCUCUUCCACCACUGCCAAGCCUGCCGCCUCCAAACCAACCUCCACUACUCCCUCUGGUGGCAAACCUCCAGCAUCACAAACAUCUAGGACUACAACUCCUGUCAAAAAAGAUGUCACCAAAUCAGCCACUUCAGCAGCCAAAAAGCCUGCAGAGUCCCCUCUGUCUCGCCCAUCCCCAGCAUCAAAGUCAGCAAAACCUGAGACCCCCAAAACAACCUCAAAAUCAGACACCACCGCCAAAAAGCCCACUGCAGGAAAGGCUGCAGACACAAAGACACCAACCCGCCCUAAAACACAAGACAGCAAGCCCACACCUUCCAAGGAUGCUUCUAAGACCCCUGCCUCCAAAACAGCCAAGGCCUCCAGUCCCAAGAAAACUGUUGGCAGCAGCACUCCGACUCCUGUCAAACGCGGCCCCAAGGCUUCAGAAUCAGUUAAAGACGCAGCUUCUGCUGUAGCUGCUGCAGCAGCCAUCGCAACAGCAGCAGCAGCCAUCGCUGGGCCAGGAGAGCCUGAACCUGCAGCAGACAUAGCUGUGAAUCCUUCUGCUGAAGAGGCUCCAGAGCUGAUGAUCAGCCAUGCUGAAGAAAAAACUCCAGAGGAAACUCCAGAACCAGUUUCUGCACCAGAACCAAUACAAGAAAUGACUCCUACACCAUUACGUGAACCCAGUCCAGAACCAGUAAGAGAAGCAUCCCCACUUGAAGCUCUCUCUCCACCAUCAGAUCUGGAAGCGGAACCAAUCUCUGAACCAGCCUUCGGCGUUCAGCUGGCAGCCCAGAUGGACUAUAAAUUCGAGGAGUCUGCAAACAACUCAGUUCCUUCCCUGGGAACUACUGUCAUGUCUCCUCCCUGCUCCCCACCGGCCCCUGUUUCUCCUGUCAGAGAGUCACAAAAUGCCUCAUCCCUGCUGGACAUGCACGACCAGUCUGAUCCCUGGGACAGAAACCCUUCCCAUGCUGCAGCUGACUUUGCUCCCCAGAGUCUCGUCAAUGUAAUGGAUUUCCAGACAGAAGAGGAAAAAGAGACAGGAGAGGAAGAGGACAAAGAAACGGAUGACCUGUUGAUGCCGUCCCUCGCUGCUCCUGCAGAUGCCUUCAGUACAAUGGCACAGCCUCAGUUGCUAGGCGCCCCUCUCAGGGAUGACUUCACCGCCAGGGACCUGAUGUCCCCUCAUGAGAAGGAGGAGGCGGUGGAGAAGGCUGAUGAGGAGAUAAAUGAGGAUGUUGAUGAUGAGGAGGAUGAUGAAGAUGAGGAACAGAGGAGACUGGGGCAUCAGCCAUCAUCCAUGAUCACUGAAAUGAGCACGUCUCAGCCCUCAGAGGAGUUCCAGGUCCGGUCCUCAGCGUUUGGUGGCUCUGCCGGUUGGCAUGGUGACGACAUGCUGUCUGGGAUGGAUUCCGACCUUAGCAGCUGCACCAGCAGCCGGCAGCACGAGAUCUCUGACCUCAGCAGCACCCAGCAUACCGCCAUACUGGAAGGCACCCAAAGCUCAGACGCACUCGUCGACACAAGCUUCCGUGGCUCUGAGGGAGACGGUAACCUCAUGGGCUCUCCAAAUGUGGAAACCCUCGCCAAUGAGGAGGAGGAGGAGGAUGAAGAGGAUGAGCGGGUGGAUGAUAUGGACCUGAGUUCAGAGAGAGUGGAGGAGCAACAGAAGGUGACCCAGCAACAGGAACAUGAAGACGAGGAGGAUGAAGACGUGGAGAUGCACAGUGAAGGAGUGACAGAGAGCUGUGGGAAUGCAGAAGAAGAUGACUUUAAUGAGGAGGAGCGUUUAGACAACCUCAAUCGCUCUGGUCCUCCACCCUGUGUCCCCCCCACCUCCUCCUGGGGACAGACCAACCCGUUCACAGACACCUGGGCUCAACCAGCCUCUCUGCUGUCUGUGUCGUCCCCCAGCCCGAUCUCUGACCACGGCGCAGCUGAAUCAGAAACUCCCACCCUGUCUCCUGCUCAGGCAUGUGUGGACAGCACUGCCCCUUCAUUUGCUCCUCAAGGCCAUGAGGAGGAGCUGAAGAGCUCAGAGCAAGAGGAGGCUCAUGAUCUACUCGCUGCUCCAGCUGGUGGCAUGUCUGAGCCUGGCAAUCUGAGUAGCACAGCUCCAGCCGCUCACAGCGGCAGUGAGACGAGCACUCCAGAGGAUCUGCGAGACUACGACAGCAGCUCUGGGGUGGAGUCCCGCUCUGACAAACAGCAGACCCCAGUACCUGCUUCAGUCCAGCCUGACAUGGAGCAGGACCUGGGUAUUCACUUGGAGAAAGGUGAUGGAGAAGAGGAGGAGGCUGAGACACUCCCGGCUGAUGAGGUCCUAGGAACUGGACCUCCAACUGCUCCAGCAUCCGCCCCAUCCUCCCCCUCCACCUCAGGAGACGAGGCCAGCGACACAGAGGGUGAAAUGCAAAUAAACGACCCCGACGCACCAGCCAUGGUGGACGAGAGUGCUGGGUUUGAAAGCCCACCUCCUGCCCGUAGUCUUCCUGCUCUCGAGGAGGACGAAGAGUCAGCAGACACAGCAGUCGCAGAGGGUGAAGAGGACGGAGGCGGGGCCACCCCUCAGUCUGCUAACUCUGUGGCAUCUUAUGGCUUCGACUGCACAACAUCCAACUCUAACGCUCACUCCAUGGCUGAAAGUUGUGGUAAAAGCCCAGGGAUCUUCUCCCUGGAGAAUGAGGAGCAGCUACCAGAGGAGGCCAAAGACCCCUCCCUCAUCAAGGAGCUAACCCUGCCAUCAGCUGCAGCUACCGCCCAGGUUGGGGACCUGCUGGGCCGACCCGUGGACCUGAUGCCUGUGGGCCACCCACCAAGUCUGGAUGAGCAUCACUACAUGUUCGGGGGGAAGAUUGGAGCAGACCAUCUGGAGGAGGUCGAUCCGUUGGAGCCCACUCGCCAACUCGGGGAAGGAGAUUCUGAAGACACCGGCGACAGCCAGCCACCGUACUACUCGACCAUAUGUGAUAAGACUGAUAGUUUUCUGGCAGGUAAUGUAUAAGUCCCUCCUAUUACCCCUGGAAUGCACCUUUCCCCCGCAACCCUCCCCCUUUACCUGUGAUUUGUUUUCUCUCCAGUUGGGUUAGAUGGCUUAGAGAAAAAAGGAGAGCAAGAUUGUAGGAAAAGAAUUUAAAAAAUGAACCAAGGAGAUGGAAAAAAUGACUGUAGCAAUUUUUAAUUGAAGCCUCCCUCUUUCAUACUGUUCUGGUCGUGGUUACGAGUGUAUGGCUUAAACUCCUUUAUGUACAAUAGUUACUACCAUUUUCUAGUAGAAUGUUCUUUUUAAGUAACACUGCAUAUUCUGUAGCCCCUGAUGGGGUAAAGACUGAUUGGUCCAAUGUGACUGAGCUUUUAAACCGAAAAGAAAAAAAAAACAGAUGGAUUGAAAUGGACUCAUUGUGUAUUUAUCCUACUGUUUUUACCGAACAAAUGUCAAUGAUUUUUUUUUUUUUUUGUAUUUGCUUAUUUGUUGUUUUUUUGUUGUUUUAUUUUUCUGUUGAAACCUGGUCCUCCCUACCCUGUGUACACACGCUUCAUGUUCAGCAGCACCAUAGCGAUAGUCAAAUGCUCUUUUCAAAGGUUUGUGUUCUUGUUUCAACUUUUAGCUAUCAAAAUAAAGGCUAGGUAUUAACACGGCUGUUUGGCAGAUUUGUGCAGGUAGUUAUCGGGAGACUUAGAUUGCAGUUGGUGAAGUUUUUAAUGUGUGCUUCAAGAGGUUCUUCGCUCUUUGCAUAGAUUGUUAAGGUAUAUAACGUGCAGUCACGUACAGUAUGUGUUUCAGGCAUUUGGUUUAAAGUGGCUAAGCUUCAAUCCUCAGUUAGCUGAUCAUUUGUGUUCAAGAACAGACUAAAACUAGCCUUUUAUUUGUGAUGGGAUCCUGCAAUCCUCUCAACACUAUCACGGAGCUUUACACUCGCUGAAACAUUUCCAUAGUGGGUGUUUGGUUUACUAUUUCAACAGUAUAUUGCAUGUUUAACUAACAUUAAGACUGUGUACUAUCUUGAAUUUGAAAUAAUUCUACACUAGACGUGUUCAUAAAUGAAUGGUUCACACUAGGUUAUCUUUCAAAAUUCCAUUAAAACAUCAUUGCAAGGCAUUUUGUUCCUGUUUCUU